UCACACGGUGGCGUUUGGCGGGGAGCGCCGUUCAGACGCAAGAGGAGUAACUUGGACUUGUAAUUGAAUUUCUUUUCAAGUCACAGCAAGGCCUUCCUCUCCCUCCUCUGAAAGCGUCUUCCCGGAUAUUUUCCUCUGUAUAUCCCCCCCUCCACACACACCUUUUUAUUCCUUGCCUGUGAGGGUUCUGCCAACUUAGAGUUUGCAGUUCAAAAAAAUUGGCAUUUUUCUCCAACUUGUUGGUUUUGUCAAUCCUACCGGCAACGAUGGAGCACUUUGCUUAGUCAAGUCGCAGUAUACAAUUUGGAAAGAAAGUAAAUAAAGGGUGGGAAAAAAAGACCAAAUGGCAAAGCAAUCUUCUGAUUUAACUUCUGAGUGCAAUAGAGAAGGUGGACAAUUGGAGCCUGCUGAAAGGCCAGCUCAGCCUCAGCAUCUUCGGCCUGGGGCCCCAACCUCUUUACAAACUGAACACCAAGGUAAUCAUUCUGGCGAGUGGGACAUUUCAUCACCCAGUAGCCCUCAGGGACCAUUGGCACCACCCUCCAGCCCCAGUCCGUUUGCUACCAGAUCCCCGUUUUUCAUAUUUGUAAGAAGAUCCCCACUGCUGUCCAGAUCCUCCAGUGGGUAUUUCUCUUUUGACACCGACAGGAGCCCAGCACCUAUGAGUUGUGAUAAAUCUACACAGACUCCAAGUCCCCCGUGUCAAGCCAUCAACCAUUAUCUAAGCGCAAUGGGUAAGCAAGACCAUGCUUCCAGUUGGCAAUCACAGCCAAUCCCAGAAGAUAUGCGGCCAGAAAUAUGGAUUGCACAGGAAUUACGGCGUAUUGGAGAUGAAUUUAAUGCUUCCUACUGUCCAAGAAGGGGUUUCUUGGAUUACCAAGCAGUAAACCAUCAGAUCAUUAUUUUGCGCCUGUUGCAUUACAUCGUCCGCCUUAUAUGGAGAAUGCAGUGACUAAUACUUCAAGAGGCAAUUGGAAUCGUUUACUUAUCUUCAGCAAUAGCAACCAUGAACAGUGUCUCUGGAUGCAGCUAACAGGCCCUUCCUGUCUUUAAGGGACAUCCAGCAAAGUAAAAGGAGCUAGAGGACUCCAUAUCAGGCUGUGUUGGCUUUAUUUCUUUUGAGAAAAGCACGUUUCUUUUUUCUUCUUAAUGGAAGUUUCCUAUUAAGAAUUACAAUGGAUAUUUGGAAAAAUGGACUCCAUUUUUAAGAAGUAGAAUAGAGCUGACAUCAUUUGUUGUUGAAACUCUUUUUUAAAAAAACCUGUAAUAUAAAGCUUUCAAGAAAAGCAUUGCAUCAUGGUGUGUUCAUCUUUGGAAACAUGUAAGUUGCUCUUACAUCUUGCAGUGGAAUUGACUGAGCCAGCUACUUUAAAGCUGCCUAAGUUUUUAUAUUAAAGAAGACUUACUGUACAGCUUUUAAAAAAAUAUCAAGCAGUGAGAGACCAGACUCUGGUAACAGGUCCUCCAUUCAUUCUGGAUGAUUUUUCUGCACAAGAAAGAGCACAUAAUCCUUAAGGGAAGCUAGUGAGUGCAAGAUUGAAAAAGUUUGAGCUGGCAGUUUUGGUUAUUUAAAAAAAAAAAUCUUCCAUGCCGCCUAAAAUUUAGUUCACCUUGUAUGUCUUAUACACAGAAGCUGGCAAAAAAUAUGUACACCCAUCUGCUGUGCAAGCACCAUUCCGGAUCUCCUGUUCUGCAGUUUCCAGCUCUUGCAGCCCAGAGGGAAAAAGAUUUCAUUUCUUGGAAAAUUGAAAUUAAGCUGUGAACUUUUUAAUGGUCCAAAUAAUGACACCAGAUUGCCUUUUACAAUUUUCUUCCUAUAUUAUUUGUAUAAACAUGUAUAUUCUAGAACAUAUACAGAAGUGGGGGGUGGGGGGCAUUGUAGCAAUAAGUUGUUGCAUGUGGGUGAAAGCAGUUCCUACACCUGUGCAAUAUUGCCCCAAGUUGAUACGACAGGGUCCUACUGCAUAAUUCCAGGCACUGUUUUGAUCCUCACAUUGGUAUUUUAUUGUUUAAAUCCAAGUUUGGGUGUCAUUUUUAAAGCACUCUGGACUAUGUUAUUGCUGCCUUUAUUUCUAAAGUAUAUUGUAAUGAGAGAUGACCUAGCAACCAUAAUGUGGAAUGUAUAAAGACUACUGACUUGCUGCAUGGGUUUGAGGUCAACAGCAGCACAGUAUUCAAAUUAAUCAGAGGGUCAAAACUCCAGAAGACAAAGCAGGCAUAGUAGUUUUCCCUGUUCUAUGAUGAUCUCAGUCAGUAAUAUGCUAAGAGAAGAGCAAGACUCUGAAACAACCCACAGCAAACACCUAAAUCGUUUAACCUUAAUUAUGCAAAUUAUACAAAUUGUUUCUGUAAGCCAUAGGGGUACAGUAAGAAUAGUAAUUCCCAAAGUACGGAUUGGGGUCCAAUAAUGGGCCAGGGCUGGAGCUGCAGGACUGCUUGAAAAGUAAGUCAUUAUCUUGAAUGUCUGUUGGGCAGGUAGAAAGCCACACAACCUUGAUUCCCAUCCCACUCCCUUUCUCUGCUAAUACAUGGUAAGAAAUAACCUGAUUGAGGGAAAGAUUCACUAGAUUCAGGCUAGCAGUGCACUUGCUGGCAAGCUGAGGAAGCUGCCUUUUACCAAGCCAGAUUCAGUAUUGGUUCAUCUGGGCUGCCAGUAUUGUCAGCCAUGACUGGUAGUUGCUCUCCAGCCUUAGGUGGAGGUGCUGGGGCAUGAACCCAAAACCCUCGGCAUGCAAAUGUGUGCGCUGUACCACCGAGCCUACAGCCCUUCUGUCCCUGUGCCCUUCCUGACUGAACAAAGUAGAAUGCCAGGACAUGUUAAUUAGUUCGUUCCUUAGUUACAAGGAGACUGCCAGCUUGUGAUUUUAAAAAAAAAAACAGAGAAAAAUAGGUAUGUAAAAGUGAAACAUGUCUCUAAUUUUAAUUCAGGGAGGAAAGUUAGCACUGCGUCCCAGUUAUAAAAGGUUUAGGAGACGCUGGUAAAGCUCUAGUGAGAGCCCUGAAACUUUUCAUGGAAAUCUUACCCAGCCCUCUUUGCCUGUGGAGCAGCAGACGCAGCAAAGACAUUUUCAGGUUUAUCUUUGCAUUUAAAGGGCUAAAAAAUGCUUUCCAAUAAGAAGCUAAAAUUCUCAGGACACUGAAUUCUACACCCUACAGAAAACAGAUCAAGAAUUGGGGGAUGUGAACAGCCCUUGAUCUUAAAUAAAAGAUAACCAAAUGACUCGAGUAAAUGCUCACUGACAUAGACUGCAGGUAGCAUUUCGCACAAAUGUGCACACUCACUUCCUUUUUAUUAAAGCUUUUGCUUCUGUGAAAUCCCUGAUCACACUUCCUGAUUUAUUAAUAUACUUACUGUAAUCCUGUGUGUGUGUAUUCAGAAGUAAGUCCCAGGUAAGAGGGUACAGAUUCCAGCUUAAACUGCUUCAGUGUUUGACUCUUGAAAUGGCAUGGACGGUAGUAAAAAUUUUAAACACGCAAGUUAAUAGGUGAUGCAUUUGGCAAAAGCCCAAAUUUGGAAGUGACAGUAAUUUUGUAGGAGGAAAACUAAACAAACUGUGGUUAACCUGUGCUGCACCACAUUAUGGUAAAGUGGAUUGUGUAUGGAUUUCAAUCAGUUUUUGCUUUGCCAUGUAAGGUGAAGCAUCCUGGACUCAUUCAUGUUUAUUUGAAACUUUUCCUGUAUGUCCCCUAUUCUGCUCUACUGACAUUUUUUUUUUUUUUUUUUUUUUUUUUUGCCCAUUGAUCAGUUACAUCUACUGAGGCAGAGAAUUUGCAUGAAGUAGUGGAUCAUUUCAGUCUUACUUGAAACGUGCUUCCAAAUGCUACACCACCUAUUUCUGGUUUCACCUGCACCACUGAAAAUGUCAUGACUGCUUUCAAACAGUUGCACUCUUUGAGCUAUGUUCGAGCUGUUCAACAGUCUAUUACAUAAUCCAGAGUUUUGUCAAUUGUAAAUUUGCGGUCUCCGUAUUGUACAGUACAUGCUGGAUUUUGCUGUCUGUUUGGAAUACCUGGAAAGGUUUUUCACUUAGUAAAGGCAUAUCUCUGUAAACCUCCUACCAAGGCCCAGAAGAUAAGAAUACACAUGAAUUACUGCCUGGGUGCCUGAUAGGUGAAUGGUAGGGUAAACACUGACAGUUUUGAGAUAAAAGAGGAGGAAAGAUGAGUCUGUUCUAUUCAGUCCUUUGCUCCCUCCAAACAGACAAGUGGCUCAGUCCAAGCAGACAGCAGAAACUGGCACUGCACGCAUAAUUCUGAGUAGAGUAUUGGGAACUACAUGUGCAUUUCUUAAGUUUUGGGUCCAGGGCCUUUCCCAGCCUGGGUGCAAGCAUCCUCUCUGUGCUUGCUGUUCCAGAUUAAGCAUGGGCAGAAAAUGGGGGAAGGCUAUUUCUUCAUAUGCAUGGCUCUUGUUAGAUCAGGCUGUUCUUCUGGAGGUAAAAAUGACUGUAAGGCUAGCAAUGGUAUGACCUUGGUAGCUUUGUAGGUUCAUUAAUUUCUCCUUUUCUGACUUGGGUCAACAACUUUGCAUUUUUAAUUUGUCUUGUUUCUUUAUCCCCAAGCAAAUACUUCAGUAUUGCUGACAGGAUUUUGGCCUGUACAAUUGUGUGUUAUCCACAAAAGGCUGAUGUACUGAAAAAGAUAAAUGAUACUGUGUAAUAGGAAUUUUUAUAGCAUUCCCCCAAAAAAGCCAGGGAAACAUAAAGAUGGCCUUUUCUAUUCAAGCUUUAACAAUGUUGAUACACAGUUUUUAACCCCACGACCACUUGCCCUGGUUGGGAGUUUGCCAGUAAUCUUGUCUAUACACCAUAGGAAUUUAGACAUUCCAUAAUUCAAUUUGAUUGUGUUUUUAAUGGGAAUCAUUAGAAGGCUCUUUGAAGCAAAACUGCUUCAUGAUGAUUAUUGCCACUGUCCCAAUAUGUUGCUUUCUAAAAUCCUGUUUGGAACUAAAAUUCAUCCUUCAGAACUCGCCAAAGCACAUUUUCUAUUUAGAGAAAGAACCUGUUGCUCUCACUUGUUUAUUUGGAGCAUUCUAGUUCUAAUUCCUCUCUGUGGUUGGGAUCCAAGGAGCUCAAGGCCUGUACCUGAAGCAGGAGGCUCAUUACUUGCCUGUGCUCCUUGGCAGUGGCUAUUUAGGGUGGGAGAGCUUAGUGGAAUAAGGAGCUGCUGUGGGAAAGGGACCAGGUGUUUGAGCAGCAGCUUCUGUGCAGCCCUCUGGACCCCACCCAAUCUUCCCCCUUAUAAGGCUUGGCUGGCCCAGUGCCUUGAGAUGUGUACACAUUCAUAUGUGUUAACUGCUAGCAUGGGAGUGCAAUUACCUACUGCCAUGACUUUAGCAAAUCUAUUGUAAGCCUAAUAUUUUUAAAAUUCUGUGAAUUAUAAUGUAAACGGUAAAUGGCAAAAUAUUGGCACUGUGUGGCCCAAACCCAAGCUCUCUUGUUUUUCAAGAAAUCUCUACCAGACAUUAUAUAAAUGAUUUAUAUCUGUAUAUAUACAUAUCUAUCUAAAAAAGCUAAAUCAAACAGGACCCAUUUGGUUUUUCAUAGUUCAAAGCAGGUUUUGUGCCUUGACAGCCCCACUUUGUCCAUAGCAGACCUGUGGGUUUUUUAAAUCUUUGUGUCAAUGUAUCUAAUCAUCUUGUCUACUAGAGAGAUUUUUUAAAGUUUUGUAGAAAAAAAAUGAACCUGCCAAAACCUUUUGUGAAGAAUUUUCUUUGGUUGUGGAGAAACCAGAUUAAAAUUUCUUCCUAGAGAAGCUGCAUUUACUCAGACUUUCUGUGCUUGCUCUUUCUUUCUUUGACUGUAAAUACUGCAUAUUUAUUAGAUUAGAGCAGUUGUUCUUCUCAUCUGAGCCAAAUGUCACCUGUGCAAUGUUUCCUCUUUUCUUAUUAUGUCAUGUAAAUUUUUUUGUAUAACAGCAGAAGUAAAUUUCUUUAAUUUUUUUGUAGAAUUGACCUUGUUAAAUACUGUAGAUCCCCUUUUCUUUGUAAUUAAUGCACUCUACUGUUUCAUAAUGCUGUAACUUGUAGAAAUGUAUAUUUAUUUUCUGCUUAUUUAAGUUCUUGUAAAGUCUUUUUUCCUUUUGAGUUUUACUUCGUAUAUAUGGAAAUAGUGAUUGAUCAGUUUAGAGCACUGUCUACUAGUUUCAGAUAGUUGAUGCUAUUUAAGGUAUCAUUUAAAACUCAGUGGUUUUCUACCAUCUCUCUUGCCACCUGCCCUCUCUUGCUAAGGUUUUCAAAUACGAAGUGAAGGCAGAGAUGGGGAUUCACAUGUGUGAUUGAGGAAGAAUUGCACAUGCUCAAGGAUCCAGCAUCUCAUAUCUGUUAGUACUUUGUUCCAAGUAGGUCUGGGGACUGAAGUGGCUUGUAAGGAAGUUUUACUAAAGCAACGUGCAGUGCUCUGAGCUAGUCAGUCUUUAAAACUGAUAAAUAUGUCCUGAGAACUCACGUGCACACAUUCAUUGUGUGUCCACAGGGAACUUGGCUUCCCCCAGCACCCAGUCUUGAGAGUAGGUAAAUGUAGAGAAUUCAUUAGAUGCCAGUUCUUACAGCCUUGGUGGUGCUUCCUGUUUUCUCCUUCAAUUGUGAUUCCAUUAAGGGCUGUUAAGACCUUAUCCCUUGACCUCAGUUUACAUAGCACAGGAUAUGGCUGUUACCUCAUGAACAAGAAGUACUUGCAGUUUACCCAAGAACUACUAAAUUUUUAGAGGAUGAGUGAAAUUUUGCACCCUGGUUUAAAGACCACUAGUUACUGUAUGGCAAUACAUCAGGUACAAACAUCAUUGUAGCACUGAUCUUGUACUGAUUAAUCACUAAUGUGUUUGAUAGAACCCAGCAUAUGUAGCAUUUUUAAUGCAGUUUCCCUGGCUUACUUGUGUUUUGCACUGAUGAAAAUUUGACAGGGUAAUUGCCACUUUACUUGUGCAAUACUGCUGUAAAUAACUGCAGAUCUUUUUUUUAAGAUGCAAUCUUUUAUGUUCUUAAUAAUGAAUUUUAUAUGAAUAAAACUUCCAACUAUU